UAGUGUAAAUUAUAAACACGCUUUACUUUUAAAGCUUAAAAUAUAUCAAAAAUGUUAAGAAUAAGCAGUUGCAGUAGAAAACUUACCUCGCUUUUGUCCGCUCAACUGCAAUCAAGUAACUGCGGCGCGUGGAAGUUAGCUCACAAAAUUGCACAACAGCAGCAACAACACAAAUGGCUUGCAACACAAUCUUCAGCAAAUGAAAACUUGCAACGCAUCUAUUUCGGAACUUUGGCACCACGUAUGAAAGUUGUUAAAUUAUUUUCGCUCUCUACAAGCUUGGCAGGUUUGGCAGCGCAGCCCAUUUUAAUGGAGCAGGGCAUGAAAAUUGGCGGCACCGGUAUGGCAGUGUUUCUUUGCAGUGUUGGCGGUUUUUUUACAUUUGUUACACCAUUAUUAUUGCAUUUCGUUACAAAAAAAUAUGUAACCGAACUGCACUAUAAUCCCGCAACACAAGAGUACACUGCCACGACAAUAUCGUUACUCCUGAUGAAGAUUCAAACAAAGUUUAAAGCCAGUGAUGUAACAGUACCAGAAGUCCCCGGCAUGUUUACAUCGUUUGUUGUAAACAAACGUCCGCUCUUUGUGGAUCCUGCUCUCUUUGAGGAUCCUGAGCAUUAUGUGCGCCUUAUGGGAUAUGACAAGCCCAUUGACUUUAAACUGAAUAUAAAUGAUGAAUUGCAGAAAACUAAAAAGCACGAUAAAUAAAGAAAACCAAG